CAUGCGCGAUGCGCAGCCCAUCGCCAACACCCAUCAGCUGAUUAUUGUAGGGGGCUUCGGAGCCUGUGAGAGCCUGCGGCCGGAGGAGGAGGAGAAAGCCGAGGAGGUUGGGGUGACUCCUUAGAAAACUGCACGGCCCACCAGCAUCUGAUGAAAUUAUUGACUAAGCAAAGCAACCAUGUCUUACACUCCAGGAGCUGUUGGUGACCCCACUCAGCUGGCCCAGCGCAUCUCUUCCAACAUCCAGAAGAUCACGCAGUGCUCUGUGGAAAUACAGAGGACUCUGAAUCAACUUGGAACACCUCAAGAUUCACCUGAAUUGAGGCAGCAGCUGCAACAGAAGCAGCAGUAUACUAACCAACUCGCCAAAGAAACAGAUAAGUACAUUAAAGAGUUUGGAUCUCUGCCCACCACCCCCAGUGAACAGCGUCAAAGAAAAAUCCAGAAGGAUCGCUUAGUGGCUGAGUUCACAACAUCACUGACAAACUUUCAAAAGGUCCAGAGGCAAGCUGCUGAGAAAGAGAAAGAGUUUGUUGCUCGAGUGAGAGCCAGUUCCCGAGUAUCUGGUAGUUUUCCUGAGGAGAGCUCAAAAGAAAGGAACCUUGUAUCAUGGGAAAGCCAAACUCAACCUCAAAUGCAAGUGCAAGAUGACGAAAUUACAGAGGAUGACCUCCGCCUUAUUCAUGAGAGAGAGUCUUCUAUUAGGCAACUUGAAGCUGAUAUUAUGGAUAUUAAUGAAAUAUUUAAAGAUUUGGGAAUGAUGAUUCAUGAGCAAGGAGAUGUGAUAGAUAGUAUAGAGGCAAACGUUGAGAAUGCAGAGGUGCACGUUCAACAAGCAAACCAGCAACUCUCAAGGGCAUCAGACUAUCAGCGCAAAUCCAGAAAAACCCUGUGCAUCAUCAUUUCUCUCCUCGUCAUCGGAGUUGCAAUUAUUGGUAUCAUAUUGGGAGUGAAAGGCUAAAAUUACAAAGGAGCACACUGUUGCACUACGUUAAUCUAAAUUAUGCAGGAAGGUUCCUGUAAUCAUGGUUUUUUUUAAUUAUUAUUUUAAAGCUAUUGCAUAAAAGGUGGUUCCCAUACUUUUAUUUUUAUUGCGGGGAGGUUUCCUUUGGAUUAAAUCUGAUGUUUUCUAAUACUGAACGUUUUUCUAAAUAUCACUGCUGGCAUAGUGUCACACUUUUUGGUCUAAUAACUUAGUUUUUUGCCCACUUUGUAUAUGUCUUUCAUUUAUAAUUUAUUUAUCCUGUUGACUUAGGUUUUGGAAUUAAUGAAUGUAAAGGUGUGUGUGUUUUAUGUGUACAGCUGUAACAUGCCCCCAGAUUUGUGUUGCUUCAUUAAAAAUUUCAUUUUGAUUAGGGCCAGCAGAGGAAAUAUUGUCAAUAACUUGAAAAAAUGAUGUGUUUAUGUUGGCUCUUUUUUCUGGUUCAUACCAGCACACAUUAUCUUCUUUUAAGACUCCUGAUUAUUCUGAAUGAAAUCAGUGAACAGUUUCCUACUAUAUUUCAUAUACCUGAUAUGCAUAUAAUAAGCAUCUGCUGUAGAUUGCCUAGUAUAAAACUAAGGAUAGAUUGUUCUUACAUAGGCUCUGUUUAAAUCUGACGUUGACUGAGGAAUGUGUAACCACUAUAAAUGUUUAACGUGAUUUGGAUGGAGAGGAUGACAAAUCAAUACUUACUGUGUUAGAAUUUUAAAGAUCCCAACCUGUUACUCUGCUGUGUAUUUCCACAGCUAUUAUAAUGGAAAUUAAUUUCCUUAUAUCCUAUAGAAUAAAGGUUACCUUUGUAUCCUUAGGUCAAAAUUAUUGGGGAGGUAACUGUGCCACAAUUACUGUUUUUAAUCACCCAGCACUUAAAAUUUCGUGUUUCCCUUGAGCACCAUUUUGUACCUUCAUUCCUUAGGAAAGGAAUUGUAUGUUUGCCAAUUAACUCACUUGCCUUUUUAAGUCAAUGUUGUUUUACUGUACUAAUCUGAUACUGUAAAGAGGAUUAUCUUAGUUUAUAGUUUGCAUUUUAUAAUGUUCUUAUAUAGCAGUUUGAUAGUGGAGACAGUGUUUUACAUGGCAAGCUAUGAAUUUCAGAUGGAACAAAUAAAAUAUUAACUAACUAAAUUGUACAUUUGCAAUCAAAAUAAAGAUGAUUUUAAAAGUGUCUGGAGAGUUCUGUUUCAUGAGGACUCUGCUUCCAUGGGACCAACACUUGCCGCUUACCUCACGCUUUUGCCUCCGUGCGCCCGAAAUCCCAGCAGAAGGGCGCAGCCCGAGGCAGCGGCUCCCCAUCUUUCGGGAGGUCUGGGUCACUCAGUUUUUAGUUUGGCAGUCUUAAAGGUUUUGCCACUAACAGGUAGAAGCUGCUUUGCAUGACAGUAAAACUUUUUUUUUUUUCUACAAAAGAGACUGUAGAAAACUUUUUUGUAAGUGAUUAGAAACUUUGAGACUGUUUACCAGAAUCGGCGUGCUUUAGCGAACAGGAUGAGUGACGAGGAGGGAGAGUCCAUGCAAUGCCUGCCUGUUCUGAAGUCAGCAUGAGCCUGUCAGGCUUUCUCCCUCAUGUUUUUUCUCUGUAAGUGCAGGGAAGUGUGCUGUUUAAUGUCAUGUACCAGUAUCUUAUGGCCAGAAAAGUCCCAAUGGCUCUCACAAAUGACUUGCAUUUUUGUGCCACAGUUGUACUUGAUAAAUAAAUGUUCUUAUCAUAAAGGCAAAUACAUUUACUUCUGUUUAUUUUGUGGUAAGCAAAAGCACUUAAUUUUUUUGUCAUGAUUUUAGCGCUCUUAUUUAAAGUGUAAUAAUUUAUACAUGAUUUUAAAUACGACAGAUCAGUGACUAAAAACAGGAACUUUAGUGGGUUGUGUUCUUUUAAGAAUCAUUAACCUUGAAGGAGAAAUUUGCACACACUAUUUGGAACACAAAGAAUAGUCUUGAUUAGAAAAAAUGAAAAAAUUACAGUAGCCAAUUUUUUAAAUUUUUGAACUUUAGGUUAGUUUUAGAAUCACUUUGAAAGGUGUCAAAGCUUACCUUAUAGGAAAUAAAAUUAGUUGUUUUAAUGAUCAUCAGCAUAUCUGAAUCUGUUUGAGGCAAACUGAAUCUCAAACUGAAGAAGUUUCCUUAUCAAAUGACGCAUAUUGUUCAUUUUAGUGUGCUCCAAAGACCUGCUCACAUGACUCCAACUGAACUUAACCAGUUUCUUUACUUAAAUGGAAUGACAGUGUGGCAUGACAUAUUUGGCCGUUAUAUUGGUCAUUAAAUAUGAAAAUGUUUUGGUUUUGCACAGUGAUGAUAAAAGAGUAACUGGUUUCAUUUCAACAUAAUGCAGCUUGUUUUUUUAUGAGGAUGGGAUCAACUCCAAAAAACACAUAGAUACGGGCCAGAUGGAACUCAUUCCAGGACAGCGAACCAUGGGCAUGGCAUCGGGGUCUGGGCCGCUGAGCGCACCUGCUUCCCAGGGGCGGCAUCUGCACCACUGACAGAACUGCUCCUCGGACAGGUGGCCGCUGGGUCCUGUGCGGUCCUCACUGCUUUUGUUAAAAAUGGUCAACUUUUCUACACAAAGUGUUUGGAAUACCAAUCUUUUUAGACAAAUUUAUAAUGAGAAAAGAAAUGACUUUUGAAGACUUCUUGUUCCAAAAAAUUAGUCUGUAGUUUAAAAAGGAAGGUACAGAAGAGUUUUUCUAGUUGGUGUAAUUCUUGUUUAUGUAGGAAAAAAAGAAUGUUGUAAUAAGAGAUAACCUGUAUAAUGCCAUUGUCCAUCAUUUAAUAAUAAAGAACAGUUC